AUGUAUCGCGCUCGCUGCUUCCUGUUGCUUCCGCUCUGCCUCGUUACAGUCUCUGCCACGGACUAUGUGACGACAACCGUGACUAGCUGGGACUACCAGGAGACUACAGCAACUACGCAAAUGGUGGACACGACGACACACCUCGACGUGGAGUCGAAGGUCAAGAAGCUGAUGGACAGAUUGAUUCAUGAGUCAUUGCCGCUGAUGACGGCCCUAGGGACCGGAGGAAAUGUGUCGGGAGAUUGUUCGGCCAGCAUGUUGAAGCUGUUGAUUGGAAUACGGAAACUGGAACCUUGGGCACUCAGCUUGGUAGACGCCAACUCCCGACCUCCUGGAGGUCUCAUCUCUGGUUCCUUCAAUGACCUCGGUACCUACGACCAGUGCUUGUCUACAAAAGCUAAGGAUGGCAUGGGAGGUGUUGCUUUCACGGGGCAAUACUGUACCCUUUACCUCAAGCCACGGAAGUUGCCCUUCUUCGAGAAGAUCGUCCAGAAGCUACAGAAUGAAAUCUACAAUGGGAUGAAAGUCGAUUUCUUCAAGUUCAUGUACAACGACAUGGCUCAUGGUCUGAGGCUUGGAGUCUGCUUCCCUUCAACGUGCACGGCUGAAGAGUUCAGUUUCUUGAUCGACUCGUUGGUGAACGAUCAUGGAAUGGACACGGUGGUGAAGGGCUGCGUCACCCCGGAAAAGAAGCCUCUAACCGAGACAGAAAAGGGUUUGCUGUGCUUCAUGGCCGCCUGCAUCUCAUUCCUCGUCGUAGGCUCCCUCACAGACCUCUAUCUCAGAAAAUAUGCCAAGAAGCUCGGCAUUGACAAGAACAACUUGAGUACUGUCUAUCGGAUCAUACUGUCCUUCUCAGCAUUCACAAACACGGCAAAGUUGCUGAACGUCAAGACAGCACCCAAUUCCGAUUCACGAAGACUGAGCUUCUUGCAUGGCAUGCGUUUCAUCAGCGCCACCUGGGUCAUUUUGGGUCACAGUUACCUCACCAUUGAGCCGACGGCCGCAGGGGAGCUACUCAGGGUCAUGCGGUUCGGCAAGCAGUUCCUCUGGUGCCUCGUUGGAAACGCCUACCCGUCCGUUCAGACGUUCCUCUUCAUGAGUGGCUUCCUUCUGAGCUACAACAUCAUGAAGCAUCUUCGAAAUAAAAAAGGAAGUCUCGUCGGACCAAUCUCUCUACUCUUGGUCAGAAGAUACAUAAGGCUCACAGCGCCCCUGAUGUUUGUGAUCGGCGCUUGGUUGCUCGUCCCUCUCAUCAUUGAUGGUCCCUUGGCCAAGGAGCAUCACCCGUCUAUCUUUGCAACGUGCAACCGGAACUGGUGGAGAGUUCUGAUCCAGAUCAACAACUGGAGUGACCUUCUCGACAUGUGUCUCCAGCACAGCUGGUACGUGAGUGUCGACUGGCAGAUCUACAUGGUGAUAUGGAUCAUACCCGUGCUGAUGCUCAAGCGACCCAGGCUCGGAUUCACUUUAGCCCUUCUCGUCAUUCUGAGCACAUCAACAGCUGUGAGUGUGCAAGCGUACAUUAACUCCUAUCAACCAGUGUCCAUCUACGGUCAGCCGGAACUCGAUAAAACGCUAGAGAUGAUGAAGUACAUCUACUACCGCCCCUACGUGCACAUGGCAUCAUACUCCAUCGGUAUCAUCGUUGGAUACCUGGUGCUCAACUACAACGCCGCCCAGAUCCACCGGUUCAUCAGGAUGACCCUCUGGGCCGGAGCGACGACACUUGCCCUGCUGGUAGUGUUCGGUGCUUUUAAAUGGCUUCGAGGAGACUCCUGGGAAGGUUUGGACGCUGCCAUAUACGCUGGCUUCAGUAAAGCAGCCUGGGCCGUGGCACUGUCCUGGGUCACCUUCUCUUGUGCUUCGGGAGUAGGAGGUCACGUGAACAGGCUGUUGUCCUGGAAGCCUCUGGUUCCCUUCAGCCGGCUCUCCUACGGAGCGUACCUCAUCCACUCUCCGCUCUAUAUGGUUCGGACGGGAAUCAUGAGAGAGAGAAUGUCCUUACAACAUUUUAAUUUGGUAAAAGACUACUUCGGCUGCCUGGCCAUCUCGUAUCUGCUGGCCUACCUUCUCUAUCUUCUCUGCGAAGCUCCAGUUGCUAACCUGGAGAAACUAUGCUUUGCACCUUCACCUUCUAAACAAAAGCCUCCCGCGUUGACCAAUGGAAGUCAUCAGUCCCCCGUUACUGUGGCAGUCACCGUGUCUUCAACUUGUCCAGACGUUGGCAAGUCAAGAUACUGAAGCACAUCUUCGAGAUCCGCUUUGUGCCAA